GCUCUGCUAGGCUGGAUGAAACGGCCCAAUACUGCUCCCUCCCGCAGAAGGCCCAAUAGAAAGACAAGCCCAAGCAGUUUCCAGAAGGCCCAAGUAGCCCACCGUCGCAGCCGGAGCAACCGCACUGUUCACACACGCAACGGCGCAACACAACCACUUCGUCGUCUUCCUCUGCUGCUUCCUUCUCCUCCAAGCCCCCGCUCCGCUCCGACGACCUCGCCGCCUCCGCCUACAGGUGGGCAGAUGGCGCCGUCCAAGCAGUACAGCGAAGGCGGGCAGCUCCAGCUCAUGGACGCCGAGAGGAUCGAGGAGGAGGAGGAGUGCUUCGAGUCCAUCGACAAGCUAAUCUCGCAAGGGAUAAACUCUGGAGAUGUGAAGAAGCUGCAGGAUGCUGGUAUCUACACUUGCAAUGGCCUCAUGAUGCAUACAAAGAAGAGCCUGACAGGAAUCAAGGGAUUAUCUGAAGCAAAGGUAGACAAGAUCUGCGAAGCAGCCGAAAAACUUCUGAGUCAGGGCUUCAUAACAGGAAGUGAUCUCCUUAUUAAGCGGAAAUCUGUUGUUCGAAUCACCACUGGGAGCCAGGCGCUUGACAAGCUGCUUGGCGGAGGGAUUGAAACACUUUGCAUCACAGAGGCAUUUGGAGAAUUUCGAUCAGGGAAGACCCAGUUGGCUCACACUCUAUGCGUCUCCGCUCAGCUUCCAAUCCACAUGCAUGGGGGGAACGGGAAGGUUGCUUACAUUGAUACUGAGGGAACAUUCCGGCCUGAACGAAUUGUGCCGAUUGCUGAGAGAUUUGGGAUGGAUGCCAAUGCUGUUCUUGAUAAUAUCAUAUAUGCUCGUGCAUACACCUAUGAGCACCAGUACAACCUUCUCCUUGGCCUUGCCGCUAAGAUGGCUGAAGAGCCUUUCAGGCUUCUGAUUGUGGAUUCUGUGAUCGCACUAUUCCGUGUCGAUUUCAGUGGCAGGGGUGAACUUGCAGAGCGCCAGCAAAAAUUGGCACAGAUGCUCUCCCGCCUUACUAAAAUAGCUGAGGAGUUCAAUGUUGCAGUGUACAUCACCAACCAAGUGAUUGCCGACCCAGGUGGUGGAAUGUUCAUAACUGACCUGAAAAAACCAGCGGGAGGCCACGUGCUGGCGCAUGCAGCUACCAUCCGGUUGAUGCUGAGGAAAGGCAAAGGAGAGCAGCGUGUCUGCAAGAUCUUUGAUGCCCCUAACCUGCCUGAGGGAGAAGCUGUUUUCCAGGUAACAUCAGGUGGAAUAAUGGAUGCGAAAGACUGAAUGUUCAUUGAGGGUGCUUCCUGUCUUCAAAUUAUUCAGGUUUCUCCUAGUAAAUUCCUGCAUAGGCCAUAUAGGUUUGGUACAUUGACUAAACUACUACUGCUACUUUGCCACUGUCGAGGAAAUAUGCAACCUCAUUUAUCCAGACGAUUAUACCUUAAAAUGGGUAUUUUUCUAUGCUUAUGAGAUCAACAGUUGUACUGAAACAAAUACAGUAUUGUCUUAAGUGAAAAAUAUAUAAGAGGUUUACAUGAUGGUAACUUUCCCCAGAAACUAAA